GUGAAAGAGGCAUGAGUAUCGCCGGGCUGUCAGAGUGAAGUUAAAACUUUUAACGCAACUUAUGCUAAUUUUUCUCUUUAAAAGAAAAACUGUAAAGAUAAAAAGGUGUAUAUUUACUUCUUGAGCGUAUGCUGAGAGGCGACUCCUCAGUGACUAGUGUUCUGAGAUCCAGGCCUUUUCUGGUGGAGUUUGUCUACGAUGGACCUCCUCACACUAGCUAAAAUAGAUGAGGAGCUGGACUCCAAUGAGGUGAAAGAACUUUGCUUCCUGUGUCUUGAUGUCAUCCCCAGGAAGCGGUUGGAAAUGGUCAAAACAGGAAAAGAUCUGUUCCUGAGAUUAGAAGAGCAAGGUCUAAACACACACAACUUUAUUUCAGAGCUACUGCGCGUUAUCCGUCGAGCAGACCUUUACAGUAUCCUGGAGACAGAUAGUCGGACACCAGAGGAAACACACGUUCAUCCCACUUUGUCAAAUUACAGAAUGAUGCUGUAUGAAAUAUAUCAGGACAUGACUCACGAGAAUUUUGAAAAGAUGAAGUUUUUACUGUCCAAUCGGCUUGGCCGAAGACCGUUGGAAGCAUGCACUACCGCAUUGGAUGUGUUCUCUGAAAUGGAGAAGACUUCUUAUUUGUCAGAUAAAAAGCUGGAUGACCUACAUACAAUCCUGCUGCAGUGUGACCAACAGCUGGCACUGACAGUACAGCACUACAGAGAAGGUUUUACCGAACAGCAUCAGGCCACAUCAGCAUCUCAUUCCAAAGUGGUAGACCAGACAUACAACCACCCUGAACCCGCCCACGUUCCGUUUCCAGCAACUGAGUCCACUCCUCAGAGUGAAAAUAUUUUUUAUGAUGCUCAACCGGACACGCAACUCUCCCCUAUUUAUGAUCAGAAGGAAUACUACUCUCUGACUCACAAUCCUCGUGGUGUGUGUAUGAUCUUCAACAAUGAAACAUUUGUGACCUUGUCCAAACGACGAGGAAGUGACGAGGAUGCAAAGGCGCUGGAAAAGGUUUUCUCCUGGCUUGGCUUCACAAUACAGAUGCACAAAAACCUGACUGCAAAGGCCAUGCGGCAUCAAUUAGAAGAGCUGGGUAAACGCAAGUUUUCGAAUGAUGAUGCCUUGGUGGUGUGUGUGCUCUCCCAUGGAGAACUGAGCUGUGUCUUUGGGACAGAUGGAGAGAAGGUUUUCCUGCAAGAACUGACACAACCUUUCACAAGCGGAAGAGCGCCAACGUUGGUGAAGAAGCCAAAAUUGUUCUUCAUCCAAGCAUGUCAGGGUGACAUGUAUCAGAAAGGAGCAAUUGUGAAGUUUCCCCCAAAGCUGGAAGUUGAAGAAGAUGCAGGUCCAGACAUAGAUGAGAGUGUGGCUUGGGAUGCAGACUUCCUGUUGGGCAUGUCCACUGUACCAAAUUGCAGGUCAUUUCGAAGCACUAUGACGGGCUCUAUCUACAUCCAGGUGCUGUGCAAGCAGCUGGAGUUGUCAGCAGAAAGGAGUGGGAUGGAUAUUCUCAGCGUUCUGACACACGUGAAUAAAGAAGUCAGCACAGGAGUGUUUAAGGGCUACAAGCAAAUGCCGGAGCCCAAAUACACUUUAACCAAGAAGCUCGUCCUCAAGCCUGUCGACUACUAGGAUCAAGUACAACCCCAAAGCUGUGCCAAACUGCUGGAGUUCCCCUCCUUGUUUUAAACUGAACAUCUUUAUUUGGUGGACUGUUCAAUUACAUCAUUUAUGAGAACAAAAACACUGCCAAAUCACAUUCUAACUGCAUUUAUGAGGAUUUUUUUAAAUAGCAGUUCUCGUCAUUUAGAAAAAAUAAGGAUUAUAUAAAGUCAUUUAUAUAUAUUAAACAGUUUAAAUGUAUUAUUGUUAUUAGUAUUACUUUGCCAUACAAGAUUAGUAUCAUGUGAUGAAUGUUAAGAAAUCUUUUCUAUAAUGCUGGAGGAACCAUGAAUGAAUUCUAGUGAGUUUAAAAUUAAUUAAUGUAGUAAUGAUGUUAUUGGGGACUUUUAACUGUAGUUUGAGUGAAAUGGGUGUGGGCAUCUGCAGAUAAAUAAUUACGAACAUUUCUUAACCUGCAUGGGGUUUUACAUCUCGCUGCCUUGUUAUAAGCACUAUGCAUGUGUGCAGCCUUGGCAUUCAGUGCAUUAUUACCCAACACAAAAUCGCCGCCGAACCAGGAACUAACCGGUAGGAAUUACUGCCAUUGUUAUGCAAAGUCACUGUUUUCAGAGGCCAAAGGUAAUUGUAAAAACUGUGAUUACUGGAAGUACUUGGAUGAUAAUCCCUUGCAUUCAAUGACUGCCUGAAAUCAGGAAGCUAUGGGCGUCUCCAAAUUAUAAAUUUAAUUCCCUGAGAUGCUUUUCCAGCUGGCCUGUACUGGAGCCUCCUUCAGCUGCUGCUUAUUUGUGGGUCUUUCUGUCAGGUGACUGACUUGGCCACUGAAGAAUUUUGCAUUUCAUUGCCUUGGGAAGCUCUUGGGCUCCUUGGAUAGUAUGCUUUGGGUCAUAAUCUCUGCACUGUGAAGCACUGCCCUAUUUGACAGAAUUUGGCUGAAUCCGAAUAAAUCGUACAGCCUGAUAUACUUCACAGUUCAUUGUGCUACUUCCAUCAGCAGUCACAUCAUCAGUAAACACUGUUGAUGGUAUACUGAGG